AUGUCUAAUCGGCAACAAAUCGACUCUGUCAUCGAUGAUGAUGACGAGUUCUGUCCCCUCUGUAUCGAAGAGUUCGAUCUAUCGGACAAGAACUUCAAACCAUGUCCUUGUGGGUAUCAGAUUUGUCAAUUCUGUUACAACAACAUCAAAACCCACAGUGAAGAAGGCCGCUGUCCCAACUGCCGGCGACCUUACGAUGACAGUACAAUCCAAUACAAAAUACCUGACGCAGAAGAAUUCAAAGCAGAUUUGGCCCUCAAACACAGAAAGGCUGCUGCUGCCAAGAAGAAAGAAGCCGAAAAGCGCGAGAUCGAAGCAUCGAGCAGAAAAAAUCUCGCGGGGGUUCGCGUCGUUCAAAAGAACCUCGUCUACGUAAUCGGCCUUAAUCCGACAAUUCGCGACGAGAAUCAACUGCUUCAAACACUCCGUGGGCGGGAUUACUUUGGUCAAUACGGCGAUAUCGAGAAGAUCGUGGUCAGCAAGGCAAAGCCUGGCGGUAAUCCUCACCAGGGAAUCGGUGUCUAUGUCACAUUCUCUCGGAAGGCAGACGCUGCUACCUGCAUUGCUGCAGUUGACGGUUCAGCGAACGGCGACCGCGUUCUGAGGGCACAAUAUGGCACUACCAAGUACUGCUCUUCAUUUUUGCGCAACGAGCCGUGCAAUAAUCGUAAUUGCACAUUCUUGCACGAGACUGGUGAGGACAGUGAGAGCUACAGCCGUUCCGAUCUUUCUUCGAUGAACACUUUAUCCAGCCAGCGACCGAGUCAUGUUCAACAUCCCCCGCAUCCACGCCCCGCCCAGCCGAUUGCUCACACGAUGCGUCGGCAGCCUAGCAAGGAUGAUUCGCUGAGUGGGCGGUCGGUUGCUCCAGAUGGGCCUGCGCUGCCAUCAUCCGCAAGCUGGGCGAACAAAGAUGCGACAAUUCGAACCAGACGAGCAAGCCUUACCGGUAGUCAGGCGUCACAGAGUCCUCGCCCUGCCACGGUGAAUGUUGCGGCGCCUUCCGACGAGCCCAAGCGUGCUGAAAAACCAUCUCCGACACCUCAAGAGCCCCCUCGAGUCUCUCAGCCUGCAUCGCAAUCCCCUCCCGCUCAAUCGCCAGCACCUCGUUCUAAGCAAUCAUCUCCCCUACCUCCCGCGCCAUCUCCCUUUGACAGUCUGCUCAAGGAUCUUAUGAAUCCAGACUUCAGGUUCGUUUUCUCGACCGACGGUCUCUCAGAGGAAGAUGUCAAGGCGAUUCAAUCAUACCCGUCUUUCAUUGAUCCUUACGGUGGCGUCAAACGCCGGGCGAUGCGAGAAAAGGCCGAGCAAGAGCGCGCCAAACGUGAACAAGAGAUUCUACAAUCGGCCGCGGUUGAAGAAGAGAGCCGGGAGGCCGGAAGUCUUCAAUUGGGUGGUGAGCCGGAGGAGUCAAACACCUCACGGGGACCCCAGCAAAGCCGUGAAUCACAUGGAGCGAUACAACCCCCCUCCCAACAGGGUACUGCCGAAAAUUCAACUGUGGGAUCACCGGUGUCUGCGACAAGCCACCAAUUCCAAGGAUUGAAUCUGGUUGGUCGAAGCUUGACGCCUCUCCAGCAGCAGCAAUUAAUGCUACUCAAAUCAGCUGGUAAUCAACAAGCAAGUGGCUCUGAACGUGUGGGAUCGGCUGCGUUGGACCAAGCUGCUCAAAUCCGUCAAGGUUUGCUUCAGAACCAAAUUGCUCAACUGAAUGCUCUCCAAGGUCAAGGGCGCCCUUCGUCCCGUUUCACCUUCGCCAAUGAUCUUGGGUCAAAGAACAUGAGCAAUGCGCGAAUGUUAAGCCAAAUGCAGGCCACAACGCCCAAUAAUAUCUCUUCGCCGAGUCCCCAGCACAACCUCGCUAGCGGGUUCUAUGCGAGUGGCGUGCAAGGCCCCCCUCCUGGCUUGAAGACAGCAGGGACUCCACCUAUAAGCGGCGGUGGUAUGUUCGCUCAGGGGCAUGGAUUUACGGCAAAUGCGAAUAUCGGCCUAGGCGCCACAAUGGGAAAACAGGAUGCGACGCCUGAAUUGAUGCGUGAACUUCUUCGUGGCCGAACAGGCACGAAUGUUGGUAGUGUGCAGGGCCAGGAAGCCGCAAAGCGUGAGUACAUGUUCCCUUUUCUACAACAGCACCCAACCCCACCCCCUUUGACUCCCGUGAACGGCCUUCUCGGCUCCUUCUAUGGGUCCCAGGCAGGUUCAGUUCUUGAAUCUGGUGGCGCACAGAAGCAGAAGAAGAAGGGGAAGAAGCAGAGACACGCUAACACUUCCUCCGGUGGAGGUGGUGUAGUAGAUCUUGCGGACCCGAGCAUUUUGCAGGCGAGAAUGCACCAGGUUGGUGCCAGUGCUACUGCCGGGCAGGCGUUGUACGGGAGCCAGGGUCAAGGUGGGUACAACCCUUCGAUGAUGUAUGCCGCCAACGGGUUCAGCCGCUGGUAA